CUGGGAACACACAGCAGUUUCAAGAUGGCGGCGAGCAGGAGACUGCACAAGGAACUUGAUGAAAUUCGCAAGUCUGGAAUGAAAAACUUCAGAAACAUUCAAGUCGAUGAAUCAAACAUAUUGACAUGGCAAGGGCUCAUUGUUCCUGACAACCCUCCUUAUGACAAGGGUGCUUUCAGGAUUGAAAUCAUUUUCCCUGCUGAGUACCCCUUCAAGCCUCCCAAGAUUACGUUCAAGACAAAGAUCUAUCACCCCAACAUCGAUGAGAAGGGACAGGUGUGCCUGCCUGUCAUCAGCGCUGAGAACUGGAAGCCAGCCACCAAAACUGACCAAGUAAUUCAGUCCCUCAUUGCUCUGGUGAAUGACCCACAACCGGAGCACCCCCUGAGGGCAGAUUUAGCAGAGGAAUACUCAAAGGACCGGAAAAAAUUCUUUAAGAAUGCUGAAGAGUUUACAAAGAAACACGGCGAAAGGCGGCCAAUGGACUGAUCACCUGAUGAACGUGUAGCCCUAUUUCUCUGUCCUCUUGCCCUUUCUGUCUCUCUCUCUCUCUCUCUCCAGUCUCACCUGCCCAAACAAAUAUCUAUCUAUACGCCUGCCUUUUCACUGUACCUUUCCCCUCCUUGCAUCCCAUUCUCCCCAUCACUCUUUCACAUGCUCACCCCUCUUCACACAGACACAUACAUACACAAACUUCAUCCUUGCAGUCCAACUGAAGUGAGGCAGUGGUAGUCACAGCCUCCCUCCCCACCUUGGACUCUCUGUGGAUCAGACAGGUUCCUCCUCCUCCUCCUCUUGGCCCUAUAGCUCCCAGGCCAUCACUAACUUUCUACUCCCUUUUCUUAAGUUCAAAAAGGAAAAAAAAAGAACAGACAGAGCAGAUGAAAUGUUCAAAAACAUCAUUUUCUGGUGGAGAAGUUUUAGAUUGAAAUACUCAAUAUAUCAUAGUUUUGUUUUCUCAAUAACAUAUUGAGUAAGUAGGCCUCUCACAUAGACCUAAUUUUUCUGAUAAAAUUUCGUUCUUGCAGAGGAGGAAGACUGGUUGGUCAUUCUUUUUCUUUUUACCUCAUCAAUGGUCUGUCAUAUUCUUUAAAAAGAAAAUGUCUCACUAAAGUAAACUAAAAAAAAAUAGAACAGAAGUUAUUAGGAUCAGGAGGUUUUUAGUAAAAUGUUUUCCUUUUUUGAGCUCUGGACUCGCACUGUAUUCUGUGGAACAUGAGCAUAUCCUCAGUUCCCUUUCCCCAAAGUUUGUGACCUGCCAAGCAGAAACAAAUACAAUGGAAAUGCACAGUUAUUUACAAUGUCCCUAAAAAGUAAAAACAAAAAAUAAUAAUAAUAAAUGGGUUGUGUGAUUAGGUUGGAAAAUGAAUUGAAUACUUUGUAACACUCCAAACAUAUUGGGUAGUUAACUGAAGGCCCUACAUCAGUUUUUCAUAUUUUGUUGUGCCAGUUUGAAUUAUGCCAUCACUAAACAUCCAGUGAGACUUGCCUAGAUGCUUUUUUAAUGUAGACAAGUGUCAAACUGUCUCGUUCCGUAGUGUUGCAAAGGCAGUUUUUACAUGAAAAGUAGGAUUUGCACUGUCUCCGAACAACUUGUGCUAUCUCCAUUCUGAUUAAACUUUAUUGACAUUUCACACAAAUCUGGCAUAAUGGAGCGUCCCCAUGAUAAGUACAGCUUGUGAGCAUGCUGCUUCUCCAACCAUUUGGCACUUCCAUAUCUUCAUCUAUCCCAUUAAAACAUAUUAACAGGAGCUCGUUAUUACUGACACAUGCCAUCCUGCAGCCCCCAUGAAAGCACCUCAACUGUCAGAGGAGGAAGUUGGAGAAGGAACCCUGUAAGGAGGAACGACUUGAACCUCCCAGAGUUGGUCCUUGAACCGAGCACCUUGUGAGCAGCUGGGAGGGCUGGCUGUCUAGGGAUAUGUCAAGAGAUGGAAAGAGACUGGAGCAGCCAAAUCCCACGUGUAACAGCUAUAUGAUCUGGUCCCAAUAUUGUUUCAUAAUAAAGAUGGCUAACCAUU